CUUCGACAAGACACCAUUCCGUGAUUUUCGCUUGAGACCGCUAAAAGACGUAAUGUCCGACGACGAUCAUAGCCUACGCAAGGCUCUCACACGGGACUCUGCCAAAAACUUGUUGCAGAGAUCCAGCUCAAUCACGAAUCUCUUCCGCAAGCGCAAGAGAGACCAGACGCCGAGCGAAGACAGUCUUCACAGCCCAUUGGCCACGCCACAAAAGAGAGAUGACUCUGAUACGCUGAGUGAGUCCACUCCUGUACAAACUCCCAAGAGACAGAAGGUGCUCACAAAGGAGCAGCAGGCGUUCCAGGAACAGGAAAAGGCGUACGACGCGGAAUUGCCGGAAGCGUACAGAAAAUAUAGACCGGAGGGGUUCAGGUUCAAUGUUCCGCCUACCGACAGGCCGGUACGGAUCUACGCCGAUGGGGUGUUUGACUUGUUCCACUUGGGACAUAUGAAGCAGUUGGAGCAGUCCAAAAAGGCGUUCCCUAACGUGGAAUUGGUUUGUGGGGUUCCAUCCGAUUUUGAGACUCACAAGCGCAAGGGUUUGACAGUGUUGAAGGAUGUAGAGCGCUGCGAGACGUUGACUCAUUGCAGGUGGGUUGACGAGGUGAUUCCUGAUGCGCCGUGGUGCGUCACUACCGAUUUCUUAGAGAAGCACCGCAUUGAUUAUGUUGCGCAUGACGAUUUACCGUACGCAUCUGCUGACAGCGACGAUAUAUACAAGCCAAUCAAGGAGCAGGGCAAGUUCUUGACUACCCAGAGAACUGAGGGGAUCUCCACAUCGGAUAUCAUCACUAAAAUCAUUCGCGACUAUGACAAGUACCUUUUGCGUAACUUUGCGCGCGGCGCCACCAGAAAGGACUUGAACGUCAGCUGGCUCAAGAAAAACGAGUUAGACUUGAGAAAGCACAUUAGCGAGUUCCGUGGCUACUGGAAGAAGACCACCACCUUCAACAAGCUGUCGCGCGACUUGUACUACGAAGUGCGCGAGUUCUUGAAGAAAGGCCAGGCAGCCUCACCAGCACGCCCGCAGCUCGGCAGAUCCCAGUCUUCCGUCACCUCCCGCACCCGAAGCAGCUCUACGGACGAGGAUGAUAGCUCCAUGUCGUUCCCACCGGAGUCGCCAGCCACCGAGUUUGCGUCCAGAUACAACGCAAACGCGAACAAAAAGAGUUUCAUUGAUAAUGUCAAGGGCUGGUUGGGUGGCGAAUUAAGCGAGUACGACACCGAAGACGACUCGAAAAGUGUCACCCCGACGUCCAACUCCGACGAUGAAGCGGUAUAUGCCACGCCAAAGAAGCAGCCAGCUGAGUUUACAACUCCAAAGAAGGGAAAGACAUUAAAAAAGCCUGCAGAGCUUGAGGGAAUUCCGCUCAGCGAGACCCAGAAGAAGCAAAAGAAAAAGGCGUAGCUAUGUAUAGUUUUAUUGUAUUUAUAUAAUCACGGAGUGUGGGUUAGGGAUACAUAGUUCUGAAGGGCAGGCCGUUUAACUUGUAUAAGGUUAGACUUCAAGCAAGUUCAGAAAUAGGUCUGAGAUUUAUGAGUAAUAAAAUCUUGCACGUUGGGGGUAUCCAGCUGUCCCUCUUGUGUACGCAACUAAAUGGGUUUCUGGUAUCAAUUGGCAAUACCGAGGCCUUUCUAACCAUCCAUUCGAGGUAAUACAAAAGUAAUGGUUAUCCACUAGUUAAUAG